UAUUGCCUCGUAUUCGCUCCCUUCUCCUCUCUGUUUCUCACACUACCUUUUCUUCUUUUAAAAAUUUUCUUACCAUUUUCCCAAAACAAGAAAUAGAAUCCGAUCUUUAACGACCCCGACCUAACUUGUUCUUCUUUUCCUUCUUCGUCUCGAGUUCGCCGGAUCGCGCGUUUGGUAGCGGAGGGUCGAGGAGGGGGAACAAAGAAUGCAGCAAUGGCGGACGGAGAACCCGGCCAUGACCUUCGACGAGGUGUCCAUGGAGAGGAGCAAGAGCUUCGUCAAGGCCUUGCAGGAGCUGAAGAACUUGAGGCCUCAGCUUUACUCUGCUGCUGAGUAUUGUGAAAAGUCUUACGUUCACAAUGAACAGAAACAGAUGGUACUGGAUAAUCUGAAAGAUUAUGCUGUUCGAGCCCUUGUCAAUGCUGUAGACCACCUUGGUACUGUAGCUUACAAGUUGACAGACCUGUUUGAACAACAAACGUUGGAUAUUUCAACUCUGGAGCUAAAGAUCUCAUGUCUGAACCAGCAAAUUCUGACUUGCCAAACAUACACUGACAAAGAGGGUCUUAGGCAGCAGCGAAUGUUCACAAAUAAUCCAAGACAUCACAAACAUUACAUUCUACCAAAUUCUGCUAGUAGACAGGUGCAAAGUAGUUCACAACUACAAAAAGAUGCCACUCUAAAUCAUGUCCAACCAAAACCUCGUCCUCAUCCUCCAGGCACCCCUGCAUCAAAAACUCUUUCCUGGCAUCUAGCCUCUGAAACCAACUCCCCAUUGAAUGGAGCCCCUCAUGCAGCAUCAAGCAUUGGAGAUAUUAUGGCUCCUAAGAUAACUUCUGAAGCCUUCCAUUUUCUGGAUACAGAAGAUGCUGGUGCACCAAUGCCCUUAUCAACUCAUCUUCGGUCAGCCAGUGGAACUCCCACUUCUAAUAUGGCUUUGCGCUCAUUUGGCAUUAGGGUUCAAAUUCAUUGGAAGAAAGUCGUUGUGACCAUGGGAACAUUGCUCGCUCUCAAGUGCUUGGGAUUUCGAAUCCUUGCUGCCAAUCAUUUUCACUGAAGGCUCCAUACUAUUUAUCACUCCUAGAUGAGUGAAACACUUUCUCAUAGUUUCCAUCCAUGUUACCUUUAGUACUACCUCCCUUUUACUUGAUGUUGGAGCAAAUGAACCAGAUACUCCACAUCUUUAUCCUAAAGAUUUGUUACAAAAUAUAAAAUUAAGUGCAUAGAAAAUUUUCUAUAAAGAUCACUGAAGAAAUUUAUCAUGAGAAAAAGAAAUGUGACAAACUGGCACGGAAUUUCUUGGGCUUUGACAAUUCAUGUUUCUUAAAAUGUAAUGGUUAAAGUUGGAUGAUUUCAUAUUUUCUUGUCUUUUACUCAAAUACUACAAGAAAAUAACUUGAGAUUUAAUUUCAUAAGCUAUGUUUUUGAUCUGCAAGUGCUUCACAUAUCAAAAAUUUCUAGGCAUGAAAUUAGUGGUUUUCUCAAAGUAACACUUCCUUUUUUGCUUUCCAUAACGUCUCUCAAGUAUUGUAUCAGCAUAAAGUUCACUUGUCCGAGCUUGUUAGAUUGACGUGGUGGCCUACUCAGAGUGAUGUACUGUGAAUUUUUCUUACCUACAGGAAGGAAAGAGGCUGCUACCAAUUUAAUUGUUAUUUCUUCUGUACAACGUAACAAAAUCUAUGUUUCUACUGGAGAUAAGCUCCCUGUGGUGGCAAGCUAUGCCUGCAUCUAAUAAGCUGCUGUUUCAUUUCCUAUCAGGAUUCUUUGGGGCCUUCGAAAACUUUAACUGCAUUCAGAUCCUUUGACAAUCCUGGACGGCUUCAAGUUUAUCGGCCUCCUGCUCGCAGCAAGAGCAUGCUGUCUGCAUUUUUUGCCAAAAACAAAUCCUUAAAGCCAAGAAAGGCUUCCAUUUCAUGAUGGUUUUCUUCACAAGUCAAUAAACUUGAUCUGCUAGAUUCCCUUGUUUCCAUUUUAUUGCACAGCCGGUACUCUGCAAUAUUCUGGGGUUGCUGGAUGUAUUUAUCUAUUAAUUGGUUAUGGCUGUGUGACUGCUUUGUCAAUAUUACAUGUCUGUCUUUUGCGGCAUGACCAGGUUGAAGAGGUAUUGCAAAGGUUAGGAGCAUUUCUUGUGUGGCAUUUCAAUAUUUCUUUAUUUCAGAGAGGCACAGUCAAGAUGUGUAACCGAAUGUGUAGGUGUCCGAAACAGUCGAGAUAUGUAACCGAAUUCCUAUAGUGUUACUACUCGUUUUAAAGCUGACAUAAAUCUUGCAUGACUAGUUC